UUUUCUAUGUGUUAUAUUUGUAUUUGUUAUACGGGUUUUUAUUAGACAACAGACAGCUAAUAUGCAAACCAUUUGUUAUAUCAUAUAACUUAUAUGAUGCAAACAUAGUUUUUGUGAAGACCAUGGUGGAAGACUGUCUAUGACUUGCGUUGUUUUGGUAAAAUGAAUCAAUUUAGCAAUAAAACAACCCCAUGGGCUGGUUCAAAUACCUCACCCAAUUUAGUUAAGCAAGGAAAUAGUAUACAAUCUUCAAUAAUUAAUCAAGGAUUAGGAAAUAUAAAUACCACAGGAAUGAUUCAGUUUCAACAACAGCAACCUCAGCAAUGUUUUCAAAAUUCUAUAGGGUUAGGACAACAAAACAUAAGCUUAGGUUUACAACAAAUAGCUAAUAAUGCAAUAAACACUGCAAAUUUAAAUUCGCAAAUUGCAUCAAAUCCAUUAUUUCAAGUACCAACAGUAAGUUAUCCUAAUCCAAGAGGAUUGAAUCCCACUGCUUUUCAAACGCAAAGUAUUUCUUCAGUCCCAUUAGCACAAAUUUCUGGUACUAAACAGAGAUUUUUUACUGGUACAGUUACAAAAGUUCAUGACAAUUUUGGAUUUGUUGAUGAAGAUGUAUUUUUUCAAACAAAUAAUUGUGUUAAAGGAUCUAACCCUUUGAUUGGAGAUAGAGUUUUAGUUGAAGCCACCUACAAUCCCAGUAUGCCAUUUAAAUGGAAUGCUACAAGAAUUCAAGUUCUUCCAGCCACAAAUCAAACAAAAGGACAAUUUAAUUCAAAAAAUUAUUCAAAUAAUUACAAAUCAGUUCCCCCGCCAAUUGAAAGACUUGGUCAAACUAUAAGAUUAAAAGGAAACAUAUGUGGUAAAGGAAGAGAUCUUUCAAUUGAAAGAGAUGAUGAAAUUGAGAGAAAACGCAGGCGUCAAGAAAGAGUUAUGGAUUGGGUAAGGGAAGAGAAGAAAUCUCCUAUUUGUAGAUCAAGAUCUCCUAAACUUAAAAGAAGGUCAAGAAUUGUGCCUCGUUAUAUGGUUCUGAUCCCUAAAAUAGCUCUGGAUGUAUCACAAGCAAAUGUUUUAGAAAUAAGAAGAAGAUAUUCCAAUAUGUAUAUACCUUCUGAUUUCUUUAUCAGUAACUUUCGUUGGGUUGAUGCUUUCCCACCAGAUCAGCCAUUUACUUUAAAUAAACCUUGUUUAUUUCAUAUUAUGAGAGAAAUUGAACCAAUAGCAGAUAAAGAUGCCAUAAUAGAACCACCUGAUGCUGAUUAUAUUUUUUCUGCUAAGGUUAUGCUUAUGAGUGUUCCUGGUAUGGAGGAAUUACUUAAAAAAUGUUGUGCAACCGCAGAAGACAAAGAUAAUGAGGAAAAAGAUUUUGUUCAUCCUACUAGAUUAAUUAGUUUUUUGGUGGGAUUAAGAGGAAAGAAUGAAACUAUGGCCAUUGGGGGCCCUUGGAGUCGUUCUGUGGAUGGAGAUAAUCCCAGUAAAGAUCCUUCAGUCUUAAUAAAAACAGCUAUAAGAACAUGCAAGGCACUUACAGGAAUAGAUCUCUCAAGCUGCACUCAAUGGUACCGUUUUGUGGAACUAUAUUACCGACGAGCCGAGUCGACACACAAGGGAAAUUAUGUAGCUGCACGGGUCGAGACCGUCGUGCUCUUUCUGCCUGACGUGUGGAGUUGUCUGCCAACUAGGUUGGAAUGGGAUGAGUUGCAGUUAAGCUACAAGCAAAAGCUGGAACUUAAAUUGAAGUUGGAUAUAAUGGCAGAGAGCGAUGAUACAACAGCGGCUGCAGAUGAAAAGGAAGAAGAAAACACAACAGAUAAGUGUGAACCUACUCAUUACUCUUUAUUGGAUCCUAAAUCAAUGGGCAUUGGUAAUUUGAAAAAUGAAUUAAAAGCUAGAAACAUGAACUAUAAAGGUUUAAAAUCACAAUUAGUUGCUAGAUUAACAAAAGUAUUAAAAGGUGAAAUGGAAAAGACAGUUGAUGAACCAAAUACUUUAAAAGAGUCUCAAGCUAUUGAGUCUUUAAUGGAAGAAACCAAAUACAAGGGAGGUGGAAGAAACAAGGAUGAAAAGGAAAUAACUUCUUUGGAAAAACGAUAUGCACUCCCUGAGGAACCACACAUUAUAGUUCACCCUUCUCCCACAGCCAAAUCCGGCAAAUUCGAUUGCACAACAAUGUCUUUAUCUUUAUUAUUGGAUUAUAGACCUGAAGACACAAAAGAACAUUCUUUUGAAGUUUCUUUAUUUGCUGAACUUUUUAAUGAAAUGUUAAUAAGAGAUUUUGGAUUUAAUAUAUUCAAAGCUUUAUAUAAUUUGCCUGAAAAUUUGAAAGACAAAGUUUAUCAAAAAAGGAAAUAUGAUAGGAAGCAGCAAAAAGAUGAAGAAAAGAAGAAACAUACUACUGAAGAAGAUGCAAUUAAAGAAGAAAAAACUAAGCUGGAUUCAAUGGCCAAAGAAAAUAAAGAUACGAUAAAUAAUGAAAGUGAAGAAGAUUAUAAUGAAGGAUGCGAUAAACAGAAUAGGGAAAGGCACAAAAAAGAAAAAGUUAAGUUGGUUACUAAAUAUAAACAACUACUUUUGUCAUUUGUUUACUUUGAUCAAACUCAUUGUGGAUAUAUUUUUGAUAAGGAUAUAGAAGACUUACUUUAUAUACUUGGAUUAAAUCUUUCAAGGGCGCAAGUGCGAAAGCUGGUUGGAAAAGUUAUUACUAGAGACUCAUUACACUAUAGAAAAUUGACAGACAAACCUUUUGAUGAAGAAAUUAUUACUACAAAUAAAUCAGUGAAAGAAUUUAAUAUAGAUUUAGCAUUGGGUAAUAAAAAAUUGCUGCCAAUUUUUCAAGAAGAAAAAAAUUUAAGCAAUGUUACAAAAAAUAAUGGUAUGAUCUUAUUUGGAGGCGCUUUGAUGGAUGUUGGCAAGUUACAACUCCAACUGGAAAGAAGUGAACAAGCUAGAAUUGAGAUUGAAUCUAAAAUGGUUGAAUUAAAAAAAGAAAACCUAAAGCUUUUUGAAAAAAAUCAUAAAUUAAAUUCAAACAUAAAAAACCUGGAUUCUGAAUUAAAUCGUUAUAAAGAAAAACUCAAACAUACGGAAAAUAUAUUUUCUAAAGUUAGCACUUCUUCCAAAAUCUAUCAAAAUAUUAUAUUAGAUAUAAAGGAGAAGAUUGAACCAAUUAUUAACACGAUUAAUAAAGAAGAAAAGGAACAAAAUCAAGAAGAAAGUAAAACUAGAUGGAUAUAAGUUAAAUUUCGUUAAAUGAAGUAGUUGUACUUGAGAAUUUUAGAUGUUGUAUUACAUUUUGAAUGGCGUUUUUUAUUGAACUAAAUAAAUAAAGUUUUAAAUCCGAAUUCAUUUAUAUGGGUUAUUUUUUAUAUAAAAGUUAUAAGUGAUUUCUAUGAGUUAUAAAUUCA